AUGGAGGUCCAUGAACCCAAGUGGAAGAAAUUAGCGAAAUACUCAGAAAAUUCAAUUAAUUCUAGCAUAAACAAUCUCGAUGAUGGCUGUCUCAUGCAUAUCUUCAGCUUCCUAUACCCUAUUCCAGAUCGGUAUAACACAGCCCUCGUUUGCCACAGAUGGCAUUUUCUAGCAUGUCACCCUCGACUUUGGCUGCGGGUAGAUCGUUCCAUCAAAGAUCACUCUGAGCCAGGGGUUUACCCCAGCGUUGAGACAGCUGUCUCUGCUGCCAGGCCUGGAGACACUAUACUGAUUUCAGCAGGAGGGAUUCAUCGCGCUUCUAAUAUUCAGAUUAAAAAGCCUCUUUGCCUGAUUGGUUCGGGUGAGCUUCCUGAUGAUACAACACUCAUCUGCUCCCGAGGCUCUGACAGUGCAUUGGAGUUCUUGUCAACAUGCAAGCUGGCUAACUUGACGGUGAGGGCAGAGCUCGGUUGUUGCCUACUUCAUAGGAGUGGGAGGUUGACCAUUGACGGGUGCAUUCUUCAGUGUGAGUCGAAUCCUUUGGACCAUCUCUCACAUGCAAUUGUGACCACUGCGUCUAGCUCUGUAGUCUCAUCUGUGCUUAAGAAUUCUGGCGAUUGUGUUUCUGUUUCACGUACAAAAAUUGAAGGGGGGGCAAAUGCUGUGUUGACCAGUGGAACUCUCUCACUGCAGCGAGUUAGAGUCGGUGGGACUAGGGAGGGGAGCUGCCAUAGCCAAGCACGCCAAAUAACCCAAACUAUUUUGUAUCAUACUGUUUUCCACUGGCAACACCAAAUCCGUUCCCGUAAAUGGAGAACUACAGGUGGAGCUAUGUCUUCAUCUAUGGCUGAAAAGUAG